AUGGUCGAACGACUUCUUAAAUUUUGGUCUCUUCUGUUCAUUGUUUGCCGUAUGUUGGAUAUUGGCUGUGACUUCUACUACAUCUACUGUUCUAAGGAUUUAAAUUCUGUUCAAGAUGCUAUUCUGGCGAUGAUAUGUAUGUGCGGUUCCAUGUUUAACUGGGUUUUUCUGGGUCGUUUAUUCAACGCCCUUGGCAAAGUCCUGCAACCAUCCGAUAUUGGGAAAAUCAACGUCUUAAAAGUUCUUUUGCCCCAGCUUAAUUUUUUUGUUCUGGAGGGAGUGGUGAAUGUACUUCAGGCCGGUAUUGUAUCCUACAACAUGCUACAAGAGGCUGCUGGGAUUUCAUGGAUUAUGGGUUCACAUGGAGUCGCUGUUGUGGUGCUAUUAUGCAGUGCGUUUGCUUUUUGA